AUGUUCAAUUCCGCCAUCACAAGUCUGGGUAGGAAUCCGGAGUUUGCGAAUGCGAAAUGCAUGGUAGAGGUUGGCCCGCACUCUGCUCUGGCCGGCCCAUUGAAGCAGAUUUGGAAAGCCAACAAAUUCUCUGGACUCACGUACAUUCCAACUUGGUUACGAAAUACCGAUAGCAGUCAGACACUCGUUGAGACUGGCGGAAACCUCUGGGUUCAGAAUUACUCGGUCAAUUUGGAGGCAGUCAAUGCGCCUGUGGAAAGUGUUCCACGAAAUUACUCCAAGGUUUUCCAAACCGAGCUGCGCUUUAGCCACGAGCAGCGUCAGAUCAAAUACGGCCGUCACGACAUUCUGGGCCGUCUCCAGGCUACCUUGGUCGAUGGCGAGCUGGUCUUUUCUCCCGACUUCCUUGAGCAGCAGGAUUUAGCAGCCGGUGAUGUUGAAGUUCAGGUCAAGGCUGCCGAGUUCGAAUUGCCACAGGAAGGAUUCCCCCGGGCAGUUACGGGUCACGUUUUGAAGGUAGGUCCAGGAGUAUCGUCCACCCUGGUGGGCCAGGAAAUCAUUACCUAUGCUGCCGGCUCAUACUCCACCAUCAUCCACAUUCCAAACUCUCUCGUGGUACCUGUCGGUAGCAGUGCUGCGGAGGACUUGGUUGCCAGCCUGCCUGCCAUCUCCAAGGUCUGGAAUUCCAUGGUCACUAGUGCCAAAGCGACAUCCGGAGACUUCUUGCUACUACUUCCAACCUCUUUGGCCACGACUUCACUCGUGGCAGCAUUUGCCCAGAAUAUAGGCAUCAAGAUUGCAGUUGUUGUUGAAACCAAGCAGCAAAGAGAUGCAUUAGCAUCACAAAAGGCAGCAUUCGAAGGUCUGCUAUUAGCAUCCGAGCGAGACGCUAUCCUCGACCUCCUGUCAUCUUCCCGUAGUGAAAGUAAACCCAAUCUGGUUCUUGCCACUGGCAUUGAAUCUCUGUUCAAGCAGAAUCCAGAAACACUUGGAAAGGUCUUCACCUCUUCAGUGAACAUCCUAAGCCAAUUCUCGGACGUCCUUUUGAAGACGGCCUCGAAAAUCGCCGCCAAAUCAAUCGAGAACGCUGUGAUCACUUACAGCCAUGAGACUGAUACCAUCAAGGCUCAUCAAUCGACCAGUGCCGUACUCCGUUUGGAUGCCAAAGCUACAUAUCUCAUGGUUGGAUGCUUGGGAGGAUUGGGUCGCAGUCUCACCACCCGGAUGAUGGAACGAGGAGCCACCAGCUUCGCCUUCAUCUCCCGGUCUGGAGCAGACAAGCCCGAAGCAGCACAAGGUGAUCAAGGUGAUCAAGGCUGUGAGCGAGAAGCGCCCAAUUCGAGGUGUGGUGCACGCAGCCAUGGUUUACAAGAUACCCUGUUUGAAUGGAUGACAUAUUCCAAGUUCAUGGCCACCGUGGCCCCCAAGGUCAGAGGAGCUGAGAGCCUCCACACAGCCCUGGCAGAGACGCAGCUGGACUUCUUCCUUCUCGACAACUUCGCCUGGCUGCGUAAUCUCAACGGGCUUCCUGCCGUCUCCCUGGUGCUACCGAUGAUCCUCGACGUUGGAGUCGUCGCCGAGAAUGGGGAUAUCGAGACAUCGCUGGCACGCAAGGCCAUGUAUGGUAUUGACGAGCGUGAGAUGCUCCGUGGCUUCGAAGUAGCCAUGCUUCAGCCCACCCCGACGCCCGCCACCGCGAUCAGCGGCCGUGCACAAAUCAUUCUCGGUCUGGAGCCAGCAUAUCUCGCGGCGGCUCUGAGCACCGACGAUGCUGCUGAUGCUCAGUUGAAGUCGGCGCUGGCCGAGGGCCCAGACGCCGCUAUCCAGGCCAUUGCAAUGCAUAUCGUGCAACGGUGCCCUCGCAUUCUCAUGAUCGCCGUCGAGGAUUCCUCCGUCGGCGGACAGGCCGAUGCGAAUUAUGGGCUGGACAGUAUGAUCGGUGCCGAGUUACGAAAUUGGUUAUUCAAGGAGUCCGAGCUGGAUAUUUCGUUCCAGCAUCUCCUCGCGCCAACGGUGACAUUCAAGAAGCUCGCCACAUUGUCGCUGGGUAGCUGGGUGGUAUUCUCCCUGAAGAAUCAGCUUGAGAGAAUUUUCUUGCUGCUAUGUGCUAUGCAGAAGAUGGUACGGAUCGCGGUUUCUAAAUUGUAG